GGCCGCAAGGGACUCAUCAUAUCUUAUCUUAACUCAACUUGUAUAAAUUGACUUGUCAGCCGGAUUCCGUGUGGUUUCAUUUUCAUUAAUUGGUAGCUUCCAUACCCUUCUCUCACCGCUGGUGCGGAUACUGUGCCGGCGAAGCUGAGCUGCGUUACGACUUUUAGCCAGUGUUUGCAUAUACUUCUUGUGCGCCGUGUUUUGAACCUGAUUAACACCGGCUUACGGACUUAUAACUGAAUCACCAUUGGAGGAGAAUAAUCCUGCAUUUCCGAAAGGCGUCUUGCGUCUUGCGUCUUUUUGAUACAAGACAUAUAAAUUACACCCACAGUACAGUAUGGCCGGUUCGCAUGGAGAUAUGGCUUCGGUGGCUUCGGAUUUGGUGGCGUCGCAAUCUCAGUCCUCGCCGGUCGAGUUUACUCUCUUCCCCUCGUUGCCGGUCGAGCUGCGCUUCAAGAUCUGGAACGAGGCUUUUUGCCCUCGCGUAGUAGAGAUACAUUUGCAGGGGGACGCCGACAGCGACUUGACACAUGCGAUAUGGGUGUCGAAUAGCGAUAAUCCAGCUGUCAUGUCCGCCUGCUCCGAGUCCCGCACCCUGGCGCUCAAGCACUUCACAGUUCUCUUACCCUUUUUCAAGUCGGAUCCCGAUACGUCUGUUCCUCGGUACCUAUAUUUUUCUCCAACUUCCGACCUGCUCGCGUUCAUAGGCGAGCCCAAUCAUAUGCGGUUAUUAGAUAUCUUCCGAACCAUCCAGCAGCAAGAUCCGGCCCACAGGGGGCUACAGCGCGUAGGAAUGAGCAUUAGCUCUUUGGCAUGCAACUUUGAUGGCGCGGCCCUGAAGAUCUGGAAGGGAGCCUCCCUUGCCGACCUGAAGGACCUAGUGAUUAUUUAUGAUAAACAGAAGCCGCCUGCUAGCUUUUGGCGUGGCGAAGUUGGGUUAAAACCAGCCAAAGGCAUGAAUGGGUUUACUCGCAUGUUUGAGGGACAAAUGCGGAAACUUCUCAAUUUUGAUCACGUCCACCUUAUGAAUUUGACCUUUAGUGCUGGGCUGGCGCUUCAUUGUGGUUAAAGAUGAGUGUCAUGAAGUCUAUAACUGUCCAAUUUAGUCACAACAACCGAAUCAUAUUUCACCAGUU